GAUCUUUCUGUACAGCCAAAGCUGUCCUAUCAAUUGAUGUGACGGCCAUUUAUUUCCCAUAUUGUCAGGUGGCUUUACUUCAUUCACUACAGAGACCUCUACUCGAACUUGGGGACAUUUACUUUGCAGACAACCACGCAAUGAGUGUCUUUUUUUCCUGCCUGGUUGGAUGACCCAGCGUUGUCCACGGUAGUUAUGGCAGACGUUGAGCCAACACAUUCGCUUUUGUCAAGGAGUCGUGCCACCAAUUUAAGUGAACAUGUGACCGGCUACGGAGGAUAUCUGGAGCUCGCAAUUUGGACAAUGGUACUGUUUGUCGGCUUGCACAUCAAAUCCAGUGCAUUCAUCGACGAGGCGCUUGCAGCACUAACGUCAAAUCGAAUAUCAAGCGCUCUGAUGGCAAAUCCGGAGAAUAUCAGCAUAUUCUUGAGAAUUUGGAAGCGACAGAGGACGGUAAACCAUCGAGGAUUUACCCGUCAACCCGAGUCCAAACAACUUGGGUCGCACUUCCGUUUGAAUGAAAUUCAUAUCUGCUGGGAUAUCCCUGCCAGCCGACGGGGUAAGGGAAAUGGACGUUAUUGCUGUGCCGAUUCCCUCGGGCCAAUAUCAGGGCAUCCUCCAUGUUGAUUUUUCCACCCUAGGUAUUAUCCCCUCCAGUGCCAAGCAAAGAAGUAUAGCCAGUGGCCAGUUGGGAUAAU